CACUCUUUAUGUCUUGCUCAAAUAAAACGCAGAGUCUCUGUCAGAGUCUGAGCAGUUGACAGGAAGCAGAAGCUGAGGUGGAUGUGCCGCUCUUCAGUCUGCGUUUGCCAUGGCGUCUGCUCUGCCGGAGUGCUACCAUGGUCCCUUAAGCAAGGCAGAGUGUGAGGAGCUGCUGGCCAAGAAGAACAAGGAUGGAGCGUACCUGAUCCGAGACAGCGAGACCAUCCAGGGAGCCAUGUGCCUGUGUGUGUUGAAACGGCGUGUGGUGCAUACAUACAGACUUUUCCAGACCCACUCAGGAAACUACACUCUCAUGACUGCAUCAGGUGUGAAUGAAACAACAUUCAAGACUUUAGAAGAUCUGAUCCGUAAUUAUAAGAGAAAAAACCAGGGCUUGGUCAUACACCUGAGGCACGCCGUCAAAAGGAAGACGGACUUGCUGAUCCAGAGAGGGGUGCCCAAUGUCCCUGAAAGACGAUCGGCCAGUCAUCCGCCCCAGAGGAAGAUGGUUGCAGACGAAGACCAGCAUGAUUAUGAGAAUCUUGCUGAUUCUGAAUACGUAGAAGUCCUUCCCGAUUGACUAAAAAAGAAAGCUGAAAUCAUUGGGAAGAAAUGCAGAUGCAAAAAGACAAGACAUUUUUCUCCCACUCCUAUCCUUGAAAUGCCUGUUCAAUGAUUUCUGGAUGAUCCUCAAGCAAAGGACAAGAAGACGACACAGCACCUUAAAACGGAUAUUUUAAAGCUUUGAAAAUGAACCAGCAAGUGUUUUCAUGGGGAGGUUUGUCUGCUCUGACGCUCAGUGUGAGGAAAGAAAAAACAACAGACUUGACCUGAGCAUGGACAACAAGCUCAAGAUUUUUUAAAAACAAUAUUUUUACUGGUCACUUUUUUAAUACAGUGCAGAGUUUGGGGGGAUUUUGCUGUAUUUUGGGCCAAAAGGAAUAAUUUUUAACAGUUUUUGGACAGAGUCUGCAUGUUCUUCAUGCGGAGGAUCCUCCUGCUCCACCACAGAGCAGGAAUAUGCUGAUUUGAAAGGACUUCAUCUCUCUCUCUGUGGCAGACAGGAAGAAGUGAGUGCAGAAACACCAGGAUCAUUCGGAUUCAUUACAAAAAUGUCAGUUCGUUCUCACUUUUGAGUUGAAUUGCAGCCUGACCAUGACAGUGACUUUCUGUCUGUUCCUCUGAUGCUGGCUGCGGUUUCACUCGUGCAGUACAAAGACUCAGUGUAAAGACAGCUCUCCACUAGGAAGCUAUUCAUCACAGACUUUGUAGCUUAGAGAUAAAUGAAGAGUCUGUGCAUAGUUAUAGAAGUGAAAACGCAGAUAUAACCUUGGUGUGGGAAGUGCAAGGACAUGCAUGUGUAAAGUGAGAUGCAUUCACUUCUUGCUGAGGUACACUGUUAGUUACAUGAAACCACAUUAAAGAGUCUACAGCUGUCCUUUAACAAACAUGUACAUGCCUCCAAAAGCAAAUGAAGACUAAAGCAUCACACCGAACAAAGUAUGCAACAAUGCACAGCUUUUCUGCAUUUUAUAAGAAUUAGUUUUGCUUUUUGAUACAAGAUGAAAACGUUGUUUGAUUGUUUUUACUGUUUGACAGUCUGUCUGUGCUGCAUGUUUGUUUUAACGCUGUAAAACCACAAAUGUUUGCACAAGUUUGUGGGAGAUCCUGUCGGGGCACAAAGUUAUUUAAAAAAAAAAA